ACAGCUCGGCUGGACUCUGAGGACGCACAAGCCACUGUAUCCAAAAAAACUCUGGAUUUUAUAUGUUCAAGUAGGCCGUGUGGCGAUCAAUUUGCAUAAUAGCGGAACAUAAAGGCAUGCGCUCCAGUCUUGUGCCCAUUGUCGCUGGAUGGGUUUAUAUUGGCUGCUCGAGCCUGCCUUCCUCAAAACAUGUCACCACCCUGCUCCCACGGCUAACAAUCAGGGCCUAUUUGCAGACCUGAAGCGAGACAAGCCAAUGUGAGCUUAUCUGCUUAUCUGCAGUCCAGCUCUGUCGUUUUGACUUGGCAACUGUCCCUGCACCGCUCAGAUCUCCAUCCAGUCACAGUCGUGUUCGGAGAGUCCUGCCUGCCUACCAUCAGUCAGUUUUCUCCUGUGUUGGUGUAUUCUGAUGGAUCAGUAUGUCUACCACUAAUAAUAUCGCGCAGGCCAGGAAACUGGUGGAACAGCUGAGGAUUGAGGCAGGGAUCGAACGCAUUAAGGUGUCUAAAGCAGCAGCAGAACUGAUGAGUUACUGUGAGCAGCACGCUCGUAGCGACCCUCUGCUGGUCGGGGUUCCCACCUCUGAAAACCCUUUCAAGGACAAGAAGCCCUGCAUCAUCCUAUAGCCGCCUUCUGCCAUUACAUACACACACACACACACACACAUUUAUAUACACUUAUGCACAUACAGAUACAUAUAAAUUCACUCAUUCACUACUUAAAUUGAUCCCCACACUCAUGCAAACACACACUUCAAGACCAUACACACACACUCCCAAAAUAGCCACUCUGGAAAAGCGCCAUACCCCGGAGCCACAGCUAGGGGGCAGGUAUCUCGUUCUCUCUGUGGCUGAGAUCAGUAUGUCACUGAGUAUGAUCCAAGGUGCUUUUGGUAGUAUUCAUAUAUGCUGGUAAAUUAACUACAAGUGUCAGCUUAACUUUGAGGGAUUUGGACAUUAAUAAUCAGUAGGAAACCAGGAUUUGUUCCUUCUUUUGUCAUGAAAUGAGGAGUUGUGUAAAGGAUGGACAGCAGUGCCAUAGGCGAGGAGUGGGAGGAUUCAUGUGGGCAACAGAAAUGGAUGGUAGGCGCUCCUGCCGACCGUGCCAAACACGACCUGGUGUCACAUUAAAAGCUCAAUAAAAGCUUUUUUCGUGGGAGUUAAAAAGGUCUGAGAGCUUUGCCCACGAACCGGCCUGUGCUAAAUCAUGGUCGGGUAAUUAUGGAGCAAGUGGCUGAAGCCUUUGCCUUUUAUCGAGCUAGCAUGUUCCCACCCAAACCUGUUUCAAGAGACCUCUGCUUGUGGCCUCACUGCGGCCGCCUGCAGCCUUUGGUCAAACCUCCAGCUGUGCCAACCUGUACAGAAAGUCGUCACUAGAUGCUGAUAUGCUGUCACCGAUUCCACUGCGGUUCAUUGUGGCUGCUGUUGGUUGAAAUCCAAUUCUAAGGUGACCUCAGAUCUGCACCUAUGAGGGGAACAUAGUGAACUGCUCUACACAGCACUCAAGCUAUUAACCCUCGACGUUUACUGCAUUUUUCUUAAGAAAUACUUGUUUGUGAACUACAUGUACGUUUUGAUAUUUUGUUGAAGCAUUACUUAACAGAUAAGAUAAUACUGUACUUUUUUUUAAUUUGUAUUAUUGUUUUGCUUUGACAUAGGUGUUGCCCCUGGCUGACAGGAGAUUUGGUUGUAAGCCAGAGGUAUUACCGAACCAGAUAACAAAAGUUUCUACUGUACAUCAAGCCUCCCUGUGCUUUAACCCGAGAGAGGGCCAAGUCUCAGACUGACCACGCUGGAGAAUCAGUCUGUAAGGACUGCAAGGCUGGAGGAGAAAACCCAAACUUAAAAAGUAAAAGUGAAGCUGUCGUGAAAAGUUCAAAUCAAGCUUUCCAUUACCUGCCUUCUCCGCUUAUGUUUGAUUCUUUCAAUUGGCAGUUUAUAUAAUGUUUAGGGAAGGAAAAGAAGAGAUAUAUUGCAUUAAAUAGUGCAAAUAUGGAGGUGUUUGUUUCGUUUGCCUCUACAGUACAGGAAGGGGAUACAUCUUGUUUUUUUGCACCAUAAAUCUGGGUUUAAAUCAGAUCAGAAUACACACAUAUAUAUAUAUAUAUAUAUAUAUAUAUAUAUAUAUAUAUAUAUAUAUAUAUAUAUAUAUAUAUAGAGCAUCAGUCCCCUCUCGGUUUCCUCUGUCCUCCUCUCCUCCACAAUGCUCCUCUCUCUGACAAACCAAACUUGAUUGUAAAAGCUGAAGAUAAAGUGAAAAAAAAUGAAGUCAAGAGAAACAAACUAAGUGUAUAAACUUUCUUUCAGACAUGUGCAGAAGUGAUAAGUUGAAGAGUAGUUGUUUUGGGUUUAUUUUUGAGUUUCUUCUUUCUAUGGAGUCCAUGGAACCUGGUGAAUUGAGUAUUACCCUGUACAGUGUUUGUAAGAUACAAAAUCUAAACACAGAACCGUCUUCUGUGGAUGUUGGAUUUCUUUUUUGUACUUAUUCUGUUCUGUCAGUCAGAAUCAUGUCUGUCUUCAUUUCUUCUUCUUUUUUUCUUCUUCAGGUUUUAGAGGCUUGUGAUAGUGGAGGAUGGUUUUACCACAGAUACAAAUACAAACACCUGAUAGAAACAAAAGCCUGUUAGGUUUAGCAUCGUAUCCUGUUAGAGGAAGAAUCAACAUCGGACCUCAUUCCAGUGGCAAAAACCAACCUCCUGAUCUAUCCAUUAACACCACAGCAGCCACGUUUCUUCUCAAGUGCUGGUUAUGGUCGGCGACAGGCAACUAUGACAACACACGUGCACAUAACACUACUCUCUCUCUUGCUGUUGUUUUUUAAGUUUAAUUGUCAGAGGUCAAAGGUUAAAGGAGCGGCAAGGCUGGGCAUUGAGAGCUGCAUAAGAUGGUUAGUUGGUGAAAGAAAGGCACUUUGUGCCGCCAUAUUUACAUUUAGGCAUUUAGCCGAGGGUUCGGUCAGGAGUAACGUGCAGUGACAGAGCAGGGUGGAGUCUGCUGAUGGAGUCUCAGGGGAGCUGAACCCAUUGCUUUUCUGUUCUCUAAUCAUUAGGUUAGUGUGAGCCACCUGCUGAGUUUGUUUGGAAGUGGUGUGAAAGGUGAGCAGUUUUUUGUGUGCACGCAGUUUGAAAAUCAGACAGUCCGCUGGGGGCACCACAAUAUGUUCUCGCCUACUUGACGAGAGUUAAAUAAGAAGAUUGGUAUCAUUCUCAUGCUUGUAUGGUACAUAUGAAGCUAGAGCGAGCAGCCGUUUAGCUUAGCUUAGCAUAAUGACUGGGAAUGAGGGGAAACGGCUAACCUGACUGUCUAAAGGUAUCAAAAUCCACUGACCAACAUCUCUAAAGUGCACCAAUUAGCAUUCCAGUCUUUAUGCUAAGCUAAGCUAACGGGCCGCUGGCUUAGCUUCAUAUUUAUCCUACAAGUGAUAUCAAUCUUCUCAUCUAACUCUCAGCCAUAAAGCAAAUAAGCGUAUUCCCUAAAAUGUGAAAACUAUUUCUUAAACAAACGAAACAAUUCAACUCAAGGCUAAAUUAUUAAUUAACAUCCCUGCUCGUUCACUGUGGACGAUGGUUCAUAGUACAAAGCCCUGCUUCAUCUGUCAUUUGCCUCUGUUCCAAACACAGAGAGCAGGAGCUGGAGAAGGGCCACAGAGAGGGGUGUGUGUGUGUGUGUGUGUGUGUGUGUGCGUGUGUACAUGUGGGGGGGUGGGGGUGCUAGUUUUUGGUGGUGGAAAAGGGUGAGUAUUAGGCGGAAAAGAGAGAAAAUAGAGUUGCAUGCAUGUUUGUGUGCAUUUGCAAGAGAGACACAGUGCGUAAGAACACACAGUGCUCCAGAGCUGUGCUGACUCACACAUAUGAAUUUUACAGACCUGCAAUUCCAGGUCAGGGUGAGUCUGACCCGAGGAGAGGUCAUGUGAAGCUGUCUAAAUCAGAACAGCAUGUUUUGCCUCCUCUCACUCUUUUUUUAUCUGUCAGAUGCUAGUGUGCUCAUUCUGGAGAAGAGAAAAGAAGGGUUCGGUCAGAAGCUAAAAUUGUGAGAAGCUAUUUUUGAUGUGAUGACCAAUAAUAACCCCAAACAACCCACAAAGCUGACACAGAAUUUCUGUUACUGUUUAGCUCUAUCUGUGCCUGAUUCAGCUACAUUAUAUUAGCUGCAGUUAGUUUUCAUUAAAGCCUUAGAGAUCUAAAGCAACAGUUUGACAUUUUGGAAAAUAUUCUGAAGCUAAAGCCGGCAGCUACUUAACUAAGCUUAAAGACUGGAAGCAAGAGGAAAAGGCUGGCCUCGCUCUGUCCAAAGGUUGUUACCAAGCCCCCAGGAAGAGAACCGAGCUACGAGGCCAGUUUGGCAUAGUGGCCGAACUGCGGAAUUACAACUUCCUGGUCCAUCACAUUAUGCCAUUGUACACAAAUAGACUUUUCCCAUAGACUUACAUUGGGAAAGAGAGGUCUGUAAAGCAGCAGUUAAUCGUGUGCUUAAAAAAAAGAAGUAAAUCAACUUCCAACAGAGGCUUCACAUUUCUAGUCUUUAUGCUAAGCUAACCAUCUACUGGCUGUAGCUUCAUUUGUUGCAAACAUGAAAGCGAUAUCGAUCUUCUCAAAAACUCUCAGCAAUUAAUCCAUUAAGAGUAUUUCCGAAAAUGUUGAACUGUUCCUUUAAAUUGAAUAAAUCCCUUUAUCUAAGAGAUAGUUGAAGAAAUGGUUCGACCUGAUAUGAAUGGUGAUCUUUCAUCAUAAAAAUACUAAAACAACAACCAGCUGAGGAAAUAUAAUAACUAUACAAACAGAAACCUCUCUCCAGUGCAAACUUCAGUGACAGAUAAGGAAGUAAGUCAGAAUUACUCUCCCCAGAAUAUGAACUAUUGUAAAAUUGAGCAAUUAACUGAUUUGUUUUUAUUGUUACGGAAAGGAAAGGCAGUUCAUUCUAAAAAAAAAAUAUGUUUUGCAAGGUGCAGCUAAAGUCAAAGAAGAUUACAACUGCAAAAGAUUUAUAUAACAAAAGAAGCAUGCACGCAUAUCAGCACACACACACUGAUGUUGUCCUGGAGAUGUCUGACAGAUGCUAUUUUUUAUCAUUAUUGUUUUUUUCAAUCAUUCCAUAGCUGGUUGGGCUUAAAAUCAGAGACAGCCGGCCUAAAUUGCUGGUUCGGCUGACAGUUUGUCUGAUUGGUUGGUUGUUAGUUUGCCUUAUAGUGGCGUAUAUUGUGUUAAUGCUGGUCUUGGGGUUAUCAGAUCAACAGAAUGAACAGUGUUAAAGUAGAACAUGUGGCUCGAGAUGGAAAUCCACUGGUGUUGUGACACAAAGCGAGCCAGGUGGGGAGAGUUGAGGCUCCUCACCGGUGGACUUUGAAAUCACACAUCGCUGAAUCGGCUCCGAGCCCUUCCCGAGACUCGUCUUUUGUGUUCUGAUCUCCUGUGUAUGCAUACAGUAUAUGUAUCUUUUUGCCUUGAUUGAUUAUGAAGAAAAUAUAUCUAUUUUUUGUAACUGUUCUCUGAUGUGCCAUAACUCAUGUUUUCUUGCACACUGUUAAUAUUUUGUGGAUAUUGCUGUUAAAAAAGAUGAUAUUGAAAAGUAGAUUAACAUUAAUAAAAAUAUGAUAUAAUAACA